UUUUUUUUUUUCUUUUUCUUAUUAACGUGACAGUUAACUUCACUCAUUCGUUUUACCCAAAUUACUCGGCAAUGGGUUCGAGAAGACAGCGGAAGCUACUAUGCGUCCACACCAUAGGUACUCGCAAACUAACCCUCGUACUUUUGGCGGCCCUCGUCUACUUUGUUCUCUACCAUCUACCACCACCACCAAAGACCAAGAACAAUACGGGCUCAGAUAGGAAACCACCCAAGUAUGAUGUGGAUACUACGCCGCGAUUUCUUCACCUCUCACCCUUUCGAGAGGACCCUGACACGGAAUACGAGAAACAUGUAUCAGAGGCCCUGUUAGAAAUAGAGAACACAGCCCUACGCGAAAGCAAUGGGGAUAGCUCUGCAGAAGAUAGAAUCUGGCAAAUUGCGCUCGGUAAACGUGUCGAGCGAGAAAGUGACUCUCUUGAAUUUGAGCAGGAAAACAGUGAGUGGAAGUACUCUCUCGUGGAUGACAAGAAGGCAUCCAAAUUCAUCACCGAAAUGUUCUCAAGUGUACCGCAACUCAAGAAGUUGUACAAUUCUUAUCCGUACCAUGUUAUACGCUCCGACCUUAUCCGGUACCUUCUCCUCUGGUACUACGGAGGCUUCUACGCAGACAUGGACGUGUAUCCUGCGCGGUCGAUCAAGUCGUGUCCAGCAUUAGAGCCGCUCUGGGAGGGGGAUGCAAAGAGCCCGAAUGUGUCCCUUGUUGUAGGCACUGAAAUUGACGAGCCACACGCCUCCCCACGUCUCAUGCGUGAAUGGCGCUGGACCCGCCGCUACCAAUUGAUCCAGUACACCAUCUAUGCGCCACGUCGCUUUAGCCCCAUACUUCGAGAGGUGAUUGUUCGAGCCCUAUCGCAUACAAGACGGCAUAUCAAGCAAAGCAGCUUUAUUCUGGGGCCCCGCUAUAAUGAGAAUACGAUUCUGGAGGUUACCGGUCCUGGGGUAUUUACCGACGCCGUUUUGGACGUAGUGUCUCAGACACUGCCGCCAACUCACAACUUGGUUGAAUCGUCUAUAGACGCGGAUGCUGACAUCGGAGAUCUCGUCUCGCCAUCUACCGGGGUGACUCAAAGGCGGGUGACAUGGGCGCCCUUUACCAAAAUCAAGGAACCAGUUUGUGUAGAUGAUUCAGAAGCCAUGAAAGGAAAAUCUAUGGGGGGUGUCUGUGUCCUACCCAUCAGUGUAUGGGGGAACGGACAAAGGCACAGUGGCUCCGAGGGUUUUCGCAGUCGACACGCAUGUAUCAACCACCGCUUUGGCAGGACCUGGAGAAAGGGCUGGAUGGAAUAUUUCUUUGGUUAAUUCAGUAACGGUGCUUCUGUUUCAUGGCCGGUAAAUCUGCGGCGGCCAAGGAGACGCUUGCAUCGACCCGACAAAAGAACUUUCGGAAAGCCAAAACGAGGCAGUUAGAAUCUGACUCGAGAUUCCUAAAUAUCUUUCGGCAAAUACUACAGUCAUGAGACUGGGCUACGAUGGCCGAUCCAAAGGGUAAACCACGUAUCAAUGACUGUUCUCUAGCGGAACCAGGGAUGAAGGCAAGCCGAAAAUAACCGUUUGGACCCCUGGCCUACAGCUAAGGAUCCGGAGCGUAUGGAUCCCAACGGGGACACAGUAGUCAGCGAGUAUAAGGGUAGGGCAAACAUUGAGACCCUUAUCUGCCUCAGCCGGACAUUGUAUUUACUGUAUAACUUUUCGAGGCCUCGGUGUAUGUUCUGGGCACUGACAGC